AUGUCUGAAAAAAAAAAUCAAAGUAAUGAUAAGUCUAUAAAAUAUUCUAAUUCAAAUAAAGAAAAAGCAAAAAAAUUAUUUGCUAAAGCAAUAAAUUAUGAAUAUGAUGAAAAUUUUUUAAAGGCUACAAAAUUUUAUCAAGAAGCUGUAAAAUUAUAUCCAAAAAUUCUCAAUAUCUAUACAAAUGAAAAUUCUGAAAAUAUAGAUAAAAAUGAAUCUACUGAAGAAAAUGAUAAUGAUAAAAAUAGUUACUUAAUAAAUAUUCUAUCAAAAAAUUUUUAUUCAAUAAUAAAAUUUUUAGACUUUUAUUCCAUGCAUAGAUUUCAUUUUUUAUGCAAAAACAUUUAUUCUUUGAUAUCUCUUGAAAAUGAGUAUAAGCGUUUAUGUGAGAUAAAUUUUACAAAACAUGAAGAAAAAAUAAAGUUAUAUGAAAAUUCUUACAAAAGGUUAUUGUUAGAAUAUCCUCGUAUUCGUUAUGACGGUGUUUAUAUUAGCUGUAUCACAUAUAUAAGACCAUUAAAAGACAUAGGAAAUAUACAUUUAGAUCCAAAAGAUAGAGAUAGAGUCAUAUACAAUCCUUGUUUUAUUACAUAUUUUCGAUACUUACUAUUUUUGAAUGAAUCUAACAAAGUUCUAAUAUUGAGGUCUGAAGUUAAUAAAAAAGAAGUUUUGGAAGCAUUAAAGAUAUCUUAUAAUAAAAUUAAAAAAUGGAACUUGUUAUUAUCGUGUGAUGAAUUAAUUAAGGAUUUAUUAAAAUUUCAAUCAGAAAGUGAAAAUAACAUUGUUAAAUUUAUAAGAAUAGGAGAAUAUAAAUUUAACAAAGAUGAACGUAUAAUAGAAAUACAUUAUUCAGAAUUAUUAAAUGAACCAAAUAAAUAUAAGAAUUUAAUUCAGUUACGUUUGCAAAAUUAUUUAAGCGGGAAUAAUAAUAUGUUAAAAUGGGUAUCUUUUAAAAUUUUAUCAAAAAUAAAAUUUAACUAUUCAGAAGAUACACUGAAUAUUAAUAACAAGCAAUAUCGGUCUUUUUUUUUUUUUAAUCUAAAGUUUUUAUCUCAUCUAUUUAUAACUAAAAUAUCAGAAAAUUAA